CGCCGGUAUUGUUAUCAGUGAGUUGCCCAAGCUUCCUCCACAUUCAAUUCGACCACACUAUGGCAUCUUCAAGCGCUAGAGCAAAGCUUCUCGCUAAGAAUGAUAACGACGUCGUUAUUGUAGCCGCUGUGCGGUCUGCUCUUACCAAGGGCAGGAAAGGUGGUUUCAAGGAUACUCGUCCAGAGGAGAUCCUGUCAGGCGUUUUGAAAGCCGCCUAUACUAGAGCCAAGGUCAAUCCCGUCCUUAUUGAGGACAUCGCAGUUGGAAACGUCCUACCUCCCGGCGGUGGUGCUAGUGCUGCUCGCAUGGCCGCCCUUCAUGCAGGAAUUCCAAACACAACUCCAAUCAACACUUUGAAUCGUCAAUGCUCGUCCGGUCUUGCAGCUGUCAAUCAAAUUGCAAACCAAAUCAUUGCUGGACAAAUCGACAUCGGUAUUGGUUCUGGAGUUGAAUCCAUGACAUUUGGAUAUGGCGCUGGAUCCUUGCCUGAUGGCUGGUCAGAUGAGGUCCUCACCAACCAAGAAGCAGAGGACUGUUUGAUUCCCAUGGGUAUCACUUCUGAGAACGUUGCCUCUGAAUUCAGCAUCUCUCGCGAGGUACAGGACAAGUUUUCAGCUGAGUCUUAUCAGAAAGCUGCUGCCGCUCAAAAAGCCGGAAAGUUCAAGGAUGAGAUUGUCCCUCUGAAGGUCAAGAUAACCGAUCCGAAGACUGAAAAGGUUUCUGAGAUUAUCGUCGACAUGGACGAUGGUAUUCGUGAUGGUGUCACCGCAGAGAGUUUGUCAAAACUUAAGCCAGCAUUUACGAAGAAUGGUUCGACGCACGCUGGAAGUGCCUCGCAGGUAUCUGACGGUGCAGCAGCUGUAGUCCUUGCUCGCCGCUCUGUUGCCAAGCGGUUGGGUCUUCCCAUUGUCGGCAAAUACGUUGCCUCCGCAGCCGUAGGCGUGCCACCGCGUAUUAUGGGUGUUGGUCCAGCGUACGCCAUCCCUAAAGUUCUGGAGAAAACGGGACUCUCCAGGGACGAUGUUGACUUCUACGAAAUAAACGAGGCAUUCGCAUCGCAGGCUGUGUACAGCAUCCAGAAGGUUGGCUUGUCGUUUGACAAGGUGAAUAUCAAUGGAGGUGCGAUCGCGAUCGGACACCCACUCGGAUGCACGGGAGCACGUCAAAUUGCUACUGGUCUCAACAUUGCGAAACAACGUAACGAGCGAGUGUUCGUCACCAGCAUGUGUAUUGGCUCAGGAAUGGGCAUGGCAGCUGUGUUCGUCAGCGAACACUGAAAUCCCCUAGUAAUAGUAUUAUUAUUAUACAUAGUACGUAUGUCUCGUGUAUCAUAUACUUACUCAUGAAACUGUUAUGCAACACCAAGAUGCGGCCAAACCCGCGGAGACUCUUCAGUGUACAGCUGAUCAUCUUUAGCCACUUAUAGGUCUUCUGUAAAUUUAGUUCAAAUAGAUGUCUGGAUAUCGUGUUGACAUAAAUAAUAUUGAUACAAAGAUGUGUGCAACAGUUACUAGUGCUAGCCACGUAGAGAUUUCCCUCCCAUACGGGUCGCCAAUGACCUCUGGAAUGUCAGGACGAACUUGGUGAAAGGAUUCCUUCUCCCUGAGCUGUAUAGGUUCAAGAUUCUCCAGUAAAAAUAGUUCUGAAACCAAGGAGAAACCCAAAUAUCAACCCGCCAGGUGAACUUUCGAUAGAG